AUGGCUCCAAUCAGAGUCCUGCAGGUGAAUAUAAAGAUCACAAAGGAAAAAAAAGAGACAAUUUUUGGAUCAGCAUGCCUUCUAUAUCAUGAUCCAGAACAAACAGUACAUAAGGAGAAGGAACCACUUACACGAAAUCAGCGAAUAAAACGAAUUACCAACACAGCCAUAACUAAGGUAAUGGUAGCCAGACGUACUUAUGAAAAAAUGUGGGGGUUUAAAGUCAGACAUAUUGGAUAUUGGAUUUAUAUCAUCGUGGUAAAACCAACAAAUACAUAUGCAUCAGUGGUGUGGUGGACAAAGGUGCAACAAAAAAGGGCCAUCCUCAAACUAAGUAAGGUAUACUGCAUAGUUCAAGAAACGGGGGAAUCAGCAUCGAAUCUCAGAGAAAAGCUUCUAGAAAUGGACCGAGAAAUAAACGAAAUAAACAUGAAACUGAAAGGUGUCUCUGAGCAAUACAAGACCAAAUCAAAACUUAUUUCGGACGCUAAAGGAAAAAUCAGUCUUAGUUCUGCUUUGCACCAAAAGGCAAAUAUAGAACAACAAACGGAAGAAAUUAAAAAUAAACUAAACCAGUACAGCGGCAAGGAAUUGGUUUGUCCACAAAAAAAGAGUCAAGUAUUAAAGGAAUAUGAGAAAUACUUAAAAGAGACUAAGAAGAGGAGACGCAUAGGUAUGGAUAUGCUAAAUGCCAUUUUGGAAAACUAUCCAAAAACGAAAAAACAUUUAUUUGAAGAUAUAGGAAUCGAAACUGAUGAUGAUGUUGGUUUUUCUUUAGAGAGACUCGCUAAAAUUCAAAGAUUAAGAUGGCUCGGACAUAUAGCAAGAAUGGAGGAAGGAAGAGUUUCCAAUGAAUUAAUAAACACGGAGGCUGGUACGAAAAGAAAAAGAGGCCGCCCCCGAAGAAAAUGGCUGGAGUCGGCAAAAGAAGAUCUGAAGUCGCUGCGGGUACAAGAUUGGAAAAACUUAGCACAAGAUAGAAAGAAAUGA